CCAGAGACAGCAACUCCUCGCCUGGAGCACAGGCAGCCGGGAGCGUCGGUGUUGUGUGGCAUAUCGGGGGACCAGGUGGGGGGAAAAUAAGUGGAGAACCAGGAGGAAAACAGAAAUAGAGAGGGUUAGAGAGAGAGAGUGAGGGAAACAGGGGGACCAGAGACAAGCUGGACAGAUGGAGGACAUGAGCCAGCACCCUGGACACUGCAGGGUGGACAUGAAGGAGUCGAUGGAGCUGGGGGCUAACGCUGAUGGACUGGCUGCUGGAGUGCUGUUCAGUCCCAAGUUCCCCCGUGUGGAGUUCAACAUCGCUUGUCGUGACCUGGUGAUAUCUGGCAGCAACAGGAAGCCCAGCGCGGUGGUCCACGUGGCGGUGGUGGACCCCCGCGAGCAGUCCCUUGUCAGCCAGACCUCCACAGAGACCGUGGAGGCUGACCGAGACCCCCUGUUUCUGACGGGGGUCACCUUCCCGCCGGAGCAGCCGGCCAGCCCAGAGACGCUGGUCAAACUAACCGUCUACGAUGUGAAGGACAAGAGCCGCCAAGCUAGCGUGUUCCUGGGGAGCGCAACCUUUUCUGUGGGUGAUCUGCUGAGGGCCACGGACCAGCGUCUGACCAUAAACCUCAGGUCCUCUGAUGGUGUGUGUGCGGGGGGCUCGGUGGUGGUGAGUCGUCUGAGGGUAGGGGAGAUGGAGGAGGCGGAUAUGGACCACAUCACAACAGACGCCGCGGCGCAGAAGUGUGCCAUGGUGUGUGAGUCCUCGUCCCACGCCUGCGUCAACAGAGAGAGCUGCCUGGCUACAGGACCCGUGUUCAAGAACCCUGUAUGCAAGGUGUACAGGUUCCAGACAGUGGACAGCAAGUGGAUGCUGGUCCGGGAACAAAUGGAGGAAUGCACUCUCUCCUUCAGCCUGCCCAAGCAGCUGCUGUCCUUGUACAUUCAGGAAGACACGACAAGGGUACAGGAGCUCAGAGACCUGGGGGAUCUGUCGCCCCACUGGGACACUCUGAGGAGGGAGGUGAUCACACAGUAUGGAGGCCUAGUCAGCUCCUACCAGGACACGCUGGCCCAACUGGAGAAAAUCACUGGUCCUUCCUUCAAGCCGAGCUGCUGCAAAACCCAGAAGUCUCUGGAGUUUAUCCCAAUCAACCUCCACACACAGAGGAUGAUGGUGACCUGCCCCAGAAAAUCAGACGCUGCCUACGACGUGGUCACAGUGGGCGCUCCGGCUGCCCAUUUCCAGGGAUUCAAGAACGGCGGGCUGCAGAAACUUCUGAGCCGCUACCAAGCCGAGAAGAAGAGCUUCAGCACAGCUUAUCAGUGUAUCUACUACUCUCCGGAGCACACGGCCAAGGCCCAGGAGGUGCUGACCACCAUGGGCCUGCUCCAGCCCCUCAUCUCCAGCCUGGCAGACCAGCUCCUGCAGGCAGCCCAGGAGCACUCUCGCCCUGGGCUGACCCUGGCCCUCAAGAACCUGGCAGACAAGACGGAGCAAUUCGUCCACGCCCUGAACGAUGAGAUGGUCAAGAGUGCCCUGCUGGCACUGCACGCCGCACGGCCAGGCUUCGUGUCUCAGACCCCGGGUAAGGGCCACGCGCAGGCAGGCCAACACCACCACCACCAGCAGCACCAGCACCACCACCCCAGCCAGGACUCUAGCCCCAGCGCCGGCAGCCCGGCCCCGAAGAAGCAGCUCCCAGGCCACAGCCCCUCGGUGGUGAUCGGGCCGGCCAGUGUGGAGAGCCCCGUGGUGUGCAACAACAACGUGACGGAGCCGAGGGGGGUGGAGGAUGGAGAGGGCGUGGGGGGGCCGAAGAAGCAGGACUCCAUACCGCACCACAACGAAUACGACGAGGAGGAGUGGGACAGAGUUUGGGCCAACGUUGCCAAAAGUCUCAACUGUGUGAUCGCCAUGGUAGAUAAACUCCAGGAGCAAGACAACAACAACCGGGAGCUAAUCCCUGACCAGCAGCUCGCUGAUGUCAUCACCUCCCACAAUCCUGGGGACUGGAAGGAGCAACUGCGCCCUCCGGUGGCCAGGCUGAGGGAGUGCGUGCUGGACGUGGUAGAGCGGGCUAAGAGGGCCAUGACCUUCGUGCUACUGCAGGAGACAGCCUGCAGUGUGCCCCAAGGCAUGCAUCUCCAGCACAGGAGGGACGUGGUCUUCAGUCAGGCAUUGUCUGCGCUGGCCUGUGGGUUCGUCAUGCGGCUGUCUGCUGGCAUGCAGGACGAGGGCUUCCUGAAGCAGCUCCAUCUGGUGGGGGUGCUGGCCCAGUUUGAGAGCCUGCUGAGCACCUACAGUGAGGAGAUCGGCAUGCUGGAAGACAUGGAGAUCGGGAUCUCGGAUCUGCACAGAGUGUCCUUCAAGAUCACAGAGGCCAAGACGGACGACCUCAGUGACCGCCAGCCUUCCAUCUGCGGCCGGCGAGACCACUACACUGUAGAAGUCCCAUUACCCCGGCUGGCUUUCCACAGUCUGCCUGAGGAAAUCAAGGACGGCCGGCCUCUAAGAGUUUUCCCAGUUCUAUUUAAUGUGGGAAUUAAUGAACAACAAACUCUAGCUGAGAGGUUUGGAGACAUCUCCCUCCAAGAGAGAAUAAACCAGAGGAACUUUGACAUUUUAGAAGUUUAUUACAAAUCGUUAAGUGAGAAAUUACCAGUAGAAUGUCUACCGUGUUUUCAGACACACUCUGAUGUAAAGGAGUUACUUGAAUCGCUGCGACAGAAUGUAGUGAUGAAGAAGAGGAAGAAUGUGGAAAUACUAUGGCUCGCCGGCACGAUCUGUCGGCGGCUGAACGGCGUCAGGUUCACCAGCUGUAAAAGUGCCAAAGACCGGACGGCCAUGUCUGUAACCUUGGAGCAGUGUGCCCUGCUGCGUGACGAGCACCAGCUCAGCAAGGACUACUUUGCGCGUGCGCUGGACUGUAUGCGAAGGACUUCCGCUUUUGGGGCUUUGGCUACCGCAUCCUGCUCCCGCUCUUGAUGUCAGGAAACCUUUGAUGAUGGAAACUAGCCACACUCGGGAUGAGUUUGAUGAAAUCCAUCUGAAUCGGUGGUUUGAAAUUCAGCGACCAACGUUGAUAUUGGCGCAGAUUUCACAUGCACCACAAACACUUUUAGGGUCAUUGGUGAAACCCUUUGUGUACCAAUGUUUGCCUGAGGAUGAUAGGAAGUCCCUAUGUUUCAACAGAGUGACUAAAUCAUGUACCAGGCCAAAUACAUAGCGAAUGUCUGUGUGAAUGUCAGCUGAUUUACCUUCAGCCCUCAGUUGCCCUCAAGGGGCGAUGAGUACGGUACAAACAGUGAAAUGGGUACUAUGGUUAAUAACUAAGGUGUCUCAGGGUCUUAGCGCCAUGCGAACUACAUGUCUCAUGGAAAUUUACAUUUGAAUAUAUAAGUAUAUUUGAGUAUGUAUAAAUGUGAAUAUAUUUGUGUGUGUAUAUAUAUAUAUAUUAUUUUUUUUAUACUAUUUAUUUUAAGGUGUUAACAUCUAAUUGGCAUAGAUUGGCUGUGAAUCUCUCGGUGGAGGGAAAAACCAACUAAGGGCGUGUUCACAUCUAGCAUUUUUUGUAAUAGGGAAAAGUUGAGCCGACCGCUUAAAAAAAUAAAGAAACUGGCAGGGUUUUUUGUCCUAAAAGCGCAGAUAGCGUUUUUUCUAUUGCCUAGCAACGAACCCAUUCUAGACCCGACGUUACUCGCCUACUACGUAUCCAGGUUAGAGCCCAUUAGACAUGUUGCAGAUCGCGACAUGGCACUUUCUCGAGUGAUUUGUCCGCCAUUGUUUCUUGUUUUGACAGUUGAGAGUUUCCUUCCUUUCCUUCCUUUCCUUCCUUUCCUUCCUUUCCGCGAUGAAGUGUCAAUGUUCCGCUUGGGGUCAGUUGCCAAAAAGACGCCUGACCUCAUUUUUCAAGCUCUUACAAGCUUAAAGCUUAAAAAAAUUGUUCCCUAAAAGCGCCAAGAGCAUUUUUUCUAUCGCCUAGCAAUGAACCCAUUCUAGACCCGACGUUACUCGCCUACUAUGUAUCCAGGAUAGAGCCGAUUAGACAUGUCGUAGAUCUGGACAUUUUCUGUAAUUACCACUAUUAAUCGCUCCGACGGCACUUUCCCGAGUGGUUUAUCUGCCAUUGUUUCUUGUUUUGACAGUUGAGAGUUUCCUUCGUGACGAAGUGUCAAUGUUCCGCUUGUGAUUGGUCAGUUGCCCAAAAGACGCCUGACGUCGGCCGCUUUCUUCCUGAAAGUUGAACUUUUUUCAACGCUCUGUAUGGCAGAAAAAAACGCUGGGAGAGGCGUUUAAAAAAACGGCUGUGACUUUUUCAAGAAACGCUCUGCUCCAUAGGAAUAUAAUGUAGUAAAACAAGCGCUGGCAGAUUUAAUAAAAAACAACGCUAGAUGUGAACACAGCCUUAGCCUGGAUAUUCUUUAUCAUUGAAGACAGUUUUCAACACAUUUCAUUCAAUCCUUCUAGUCGCUCGUGCUAGGCUGGUUUUAUUUCUUACA